AUGUCUCCAGCAGCUGUCGACGACCGCGUUAAGCAGGCUGAGCUCAAGGAGCUUGACCUCGCUGACUCUCUCGGCGCUCCAGACGUCUACAUCGAUGGCGAGAACGACACCGCCUGGGCCCAUUGGACCGGCUCGAUCUACGUCAAAGUUUUGAGAAUGGAGAAUCGCAAGGGCAACUAUAUCAUCAAGCUGAAGACUGAACCACACGCCGAGCUUGGCAAGCACCGACACCGAGGUGAGGUCAGGGCUUACACCAUUGCCGGAAACUGGGGAUAUCAUGAGUACGUUGACCCCGAGCCACGAGCUUGCAUUCAUCGAGGCUGACGUACGAUCAGGUAUUCGUGGAAGGGCAAGCCGGGCGACUACAUCACGGAAAUGCCAGGAACCAUCCACACACUCUGGAUGGGCGAGGGCUCCGAGGUCCUCUUCGAUGUCACAGGCUCGAUCGAGUUCUUCAACGACGACAAUACCCUCCGCGAGACGAUGGAUGGCUUCAGCUUUUGGCGCCUCUAUGUUGAGCACUGCGAGAAGCACAAGGAGAAGGCCAAUAUGGGUUUGUGGUACUAG